AAACUACAUGAAAUGAUCGACACAGUAAGCGUUUUUUCGACGAAAAGAAGCAGAUCAAUGACGCCAUCUUCUUCCCCAGAUGCAAUGGAGGCUGCAUCAUCAUUACGUCCAAAACUAGAGAUUAGGGACGUGCUUGGAAAGCGAGAAAAACUGCUUCAGGAAGUUGGGCGAAUGGUCCGCCUCGGUAGACUAUUAAGGUCUCGGCUAAAGGAGCCGUUAGCUCAUCAAAGGGAUAGAAUGUUGGAGCUUGAGGAGAUCAGCGAUGUCAGUGGCAAUCAAUCGGCCGUACAAUCGAUCUCGGCGAAACUCCUGGAGGUAACGAGACUGGCCGAAAAACUUGACGCAAGGCUGUGCGAGGCAGGCGCUAGGACCCGGACUCUAGAACCAAUCGCAGAUGAAAUAUCUUUGAAAGAGCAAUCCCUAUCCAUGGAGAAAAGAAGCCACACAUCACAGGAGGACAAGCCAAAGGAAAUAGUUAAACCGACUCCAGAAGGCGAUCGCAGCGCCGUCGAGGACUCGAACGCUGAAGAAUAUGUGACAGCAACUGAAUGCUCGAGCACACCUGUGCCAAGGUCGCGCAGCGAAUCAUUUCUCUCAUCCGAGUACGAGGAUGCCCUCGUUUCAACGACCUGCCGGAAAAUGGAAAAUGAGUUGACAAAUAAAGACGAACUAUUUCCGGUAGCGAAAUCCGAAACUGUUGUAUCAACGAAUCCUAAUGAUCAGGAAAUUAUUGCUGAAUGUAGUCCGGAUGAAGCGACUGUCAUCCAAAGAAUAAUUCAAGAGAAGGGAGGAAAGAUUGUGAAAGAGGUAACGGAGACGACGACGCUGCGCGUAUCGCAAGACACGCGCAUGGGCGUCGCCUCGUACAAGUUCGUCGCCAAUACGCUAAGCGAGCGAGACGAGAGCACGGAUGUGCGCGAGCACCAAGAGCUCAAUCGUACUCUCGUCAAUGGCGAGACCGCACCGUCGUCGGCCCUGCAGACAAGCCGCGAAGAGCACACGUACGCCAGCGCCAACGGUACUGUCCAGAACUACCAGAAGGCGAGCACGAUGACGACGUCUCAAGAUGAGAUCCGCUGCUACAAGGAGGAGCUCCUUGCAGUCGGCCGCUCGGUAAGUGAGGACGUCGAGCACGAGGAACGAAAGGAGUCGUCGCCAGUGCUCGAGGCUGUGUCCCCGGAGCCGAUCGGACGUUAAGUAGCGGAUCGGUCGGCAAUCCAUGAUGCCGCCUACAGCAUUCGAUUAACCGGGCUUAUAUGCAUACUGAUUGUGCUGCUAGAGUGUACGAAAAAGUACGAAAGAUUGAGAGAGAGAGAGAGAGAGAGAGAGAGAAAGAGUGACCGUGGAACUUGUGUUGUUUUGCUUUUAGACAAAUUUUUUAGAUGGUUUUUAUUCCCUCUUUACGAUUACUUAUGUUCCUAUUGUUGCAUAUAUCAAUCAAUGUAUUGAUAAGUGAUUAUUGUAUUGUUAAAUGACACAAGAAUAUUUUGUAAGUCUUUAAACAAAAGUCUUUAUCGGAGAUUCUCGUCGUAGUUACGAAUAGUUUGCGAACGAACACUUUUAAUUCAAAGAUUAUUAAAAAGUAAAAUUCAUAGUCUAUAAAACUAUUGUUAUUCUGAUAACUAAUUUCAACACUUUGGUGUUUAAUCAGAUAUCAACUAUCACGAAAUUAGCAAAUAAUGCAUUUGCAUUCUCAACCUCUU